AUGAGAGCGGGGAGUCGCAAGUCCUCUACACACUCUUCUGUGCGCCGCGCGGCACCACGUGGGACCAUCAGUGCAGUGCGGAAGAGUCCCACACCCAAAACGGCCGUCUCUCGCGGUGGUGGAAGCCAAAGCCGCCGCAGCAGCAGCGUUAGUAGUUCGACUCUCCGGCAGAGCCGCACGGGGUUGCCGGCAGAUGUAAAAUCAGACAAACGCCGGUCCACCAUUCGCGGUGCUGGUGGUAGUAUUAGUUUUAGAUCGGAACGACAACGAUUAGCCAGCAAGAGUUAUGGUAGUCCCAGUCGAAGUGACACUCCGGGUCUUUACUCCGUUGGAUCAAGAAAAAGACUUGAUGGCUCAGCACGGUCUAGGCAUAGUUCACGAGCUGCAGUAGAUGUGGCGCUCUCACGUUUACAGCGAUGGGGACGAGUUCUGAUUCUCCGUCAAGUGUUACGUACCCCUGGAGCGUUAGCAAAUCGAAUUAGAGAAAUUCUUACAAUGGAGUAUCGUUUAUGGAAGUUACGAGUUCGUAUGGCAAAACGUGUAUUACGUGAGGCAUUUAAUAAUUACGCUAUAAGUAAACGUGAAGAUCCUACAUUAGCAUUACAACGAAUGCGGGAAGAUGCUGUAACUGUUAUUAAUGCCUUUCUUCGUGCAAGGAGUGAUGAAAUAGUUAUACAGAGAAAACGAUUAGUAAUAUUCAAGAAAGCGGCAGAGACGAUUGAAAAAGUAUGGGUAAAAAGUCCACUUUAUCAAUACCUUAAAAAUCUUUCGCUUGAGAAUAGAAUGCAACGUCUUCUUUUUAAACAAGAAAGUAUUGAAAGACGAGAUAUAAUACGUCAACGAUGGGUAUUUCUUGUAGAGUGUCAUCAGCGUUGUUAUAAUGAUCCAAUACUGUUAGAGGCUGGUAUAGCUGUACGUAGCCUUGAAUGGUGGGAAAAUGUGGUUAUGGAUAGUGAUAAAGAAUAUAUGUACAAGUUACGCGCUAGUAAAGAAAAAAAUGAAAAAGAAGAAAUGACAGAAGAAUUGACAGAAGAAGAACGUCUUUUGCGAAGAGAUCAUAGAGAAUCUACAGGUACAUUUUUAGCACGUUCUUCUUCACGAUCUUACUCUUUAUCAGGUUAUGAUAAAGCAAGAGUUUUAGGUGAUAUUUCGUCAAAAAAAUUAAUGGGUCAACAUAUCCUAGAUGAUGGAAAAGAGUUAAAUAAAUCAUUAUCAUCUGAAUUAGUUCAUAAUAGUCGUUUCUACAAGCGAGCAGAUGCUUCUUUUGUAUUUGGUAUCCUUCAAGAAAUGGGACGAUUGGAAUUUGCAUUAUCUAUGGGUGCACGACCUAUUUAUUUAGGUGUACCAUUGGAAUUUGUAGAUUCUCUUGUAAGUUCUACAUCUCUGGCUAGACUUCAAGAGACUAAAAAUGCAUUAAAACUUAUAAAAAGUCGUUUUGUUUGUUUUGGUGGAGCGUUUUUACGUGAAAAUUUACAAACUUUACCUUUGUUUAGAGAGGUUAGUAUGCAACUUCAUUCUCGUGAAAUGGAAGCAUUAUCUACUCAGCAAACAAUGUUUACUACAUCUGAAGAUGCAGAUGCUGUUAAAGCUUUCUUUCUUCAACCUCUUUCGAGAAAAAAACGACGUGUUAAAGCUGCGGGGUCACCUUUAGAUUACAGUCUAAGUGCUGCUAUUAUGGGAAAAGGAUGGGUGGAGUUAUACCGUAGUCUAGUACAAUAUUUAUAUCCUACUGGGAAUAAAUCUAUUGAUACUUCACGUCGUAUUACAGAAAUAACAUCAUCUUCUUCAACUUCGCAAACUAUUAUUUACCGUCGAAAUGUGGGACAAUUUCAUCCUCGUUGUGGUGUACACAUGACAUUAGAGGAACUCACAGUACCAGUUACAAAGACAAAUUCAAUGAAAGAUUCUAAGCGUUCUACUUCAAUGACGGCGCGAAUGAGUAGUGGAGCGAGUUCUGUGCAACCUGUAAAGUUAUUGGGAAGUGAAUAUGAGAGCACAUAUGAAAUUGAACGACUUUUGAUACGGGAGAGUAACCAUCGAUUAAAAUUGAAAAAUCAAUACAAGACAGAGAUAAGUGCGCUUGAGUGUCUAUUUCAACGUGAUCACAUAAUUAAUAAUCUAAAUAGUAACGAAAAAAAUGACAAAAAAGACCAGAGUGAAGUUUCCUUUGUAAAGGCAUCUCUAUUACGUACGUCUACGUCAUCUUUUGCGGUGCUACGCAGUUUAUUAAAGUCAUGA